CUCGCUGCCGCCGCCGGAGGGGGGCGCUGCCGCCCGCGCGGCCGCCGCGUCCCCGCCCCUCCGCCAUGGCCGAUGUGGAGGACGGGGACGAGCCCGGAGCCCCCCACUCGCUGCCGGGCUCCGCGGGCUCCAAGGCGGGCGCACCCGACAAGAUGUUCUCGCUGAAGAAGUGGAACGCGGUGGCCAUGUGGAGCUGGGACGUGGAAUGCGACACCUGCGCCAUUUGCCGGGUGCAGGUCAUGGAUGCCUGUCUUAGAUGUCAAGCUGAAAACAAACAAGAAGAUUGUGUUGUGGUUUGGGGAGAAUGCAAUCAUUCCUUCCACAAUUGCUGCAUGUCCUUGUGGGUGAAACAGAAUAAUCGCUGUCCCCUCUGCCAGCAGGACUGGGUAGUCCAGAGAAUAGGCAAAUAAAAACUGGAAGGGUUUCUUUCUGUUGCACUUGUUGGAGUGGUGUGUGUGUUAUGCCCUAUGCUCGUGCAGAAUGGAACAUGUCAGUCAGAACAUGACUCACUUGGUUUAUCUGCUCCAGGACCAGAGUGGGUUUGGUGCACGCCUCUGGCUGCACAAGGUGCAGUCCUGGUCAGGCUCACUGCAGGGGUUCCACAAUUGAAACAGGAGACACUACAUCAAUAAAUGUAUCUGCUAUGAUUAAAGUGUUGUCCAUAUCAGAGCACGGAAACUUAGUGGCGCAGAUUAUACCCUAAACACAGAGCAUUUAAUCUUUUUCCAUUGAUAAAUGAAUUAAAUUGAAAGAGUCACCUUACCUCUGAUACACUGCAUAGUUUACUGUCAGGAUAAAGAAAAUGUUUCCUAAGUACUGUUGUAUGCAAAAACAGUCAGUGUGUUUUUUAAGAAACUAUUCUGGCUUUUAAUCUAAAAUGAACAGUGUGUAAAACAUUUGCUGUGUGCUUUUUCCAUUAUGCUGUAUUAAACAUUUCUAAUUUUAGGUAUUCUUUACAACUUUCGUUUUGUUGUAUCUCUAAGUCUAUUGCUCUGUUAUAUUCUAUACAUGAUUUCUACAACCAUAACAUUAAAAUUUAACCACAUUCAUAUUUUUUUAAUUUAUAUUUCUGUUAGUGAUCAUGGAGACAUGGUACAAAGACAUGUAUUUGAUAUCAGUUAACUAGAGGUGUAGACAAUCUUGUUGGUUAACUGAUUAAUAUAGGAAGCAAACAAAAGUGAUAUUUAAAUAACCCAAGGAAAAGAGGCACUAAUUAAAUCUAGUGAAAAAAUGGUAAACUGUGAUUUCAUGAAAAUUCAGUUAAUAGAAAUUUCUUUAUUUUUAUUGGUCCUGGUGUUUUGGAAGCAUUUUUUUCCUUUUUGUGGAAAUCCUGAAUAUAUCAUUCUCUUUGAAUUUUUUCUUACAGCUGUUUAAGUGCUCACCUCUAACUUUGUCUUUUCUCUAAAUAUCCAAACUACUAUGAAUCUGAACAUAUGCUGUGGGAUUUUUAAAAUAUAUGUAAUAGAGAGGUAGAAUUAUUGCUUUUAAUCUGUAACAAACUCAGGCUUAAUCAAAUGGUUAAUCAACAUGGGUGAAAUUGAAACAAUAUAAUAUGCAUUACUUCAAAAUUAUCAUCUUUAAUGUUUAAUGUGUUUCUCAGUAGUUGUAUUUCUAUCUAAUUCUAAGUACAAUUAAAGAGGUUUGUCUUCACUGUAUAAAGUAGUUUCAAUCUUUGUGUCAUCGAGCAUAUUGCAGAGUUUCUGUGAUUUUUGUUUAAUAUUGUAAUCUUGAUUUUAAAAUGUUUUGGUUUUUAAAUGUAGCUUUUGUUUAAUUACACACUGAGAUAAAAAAUCCUGAGUCACCAUUACACUGUAUCACAUCAGUUGUUAUUAUGCCAGAUGAUGUCUGUCUUAAAACUGAAAGCAAAUGUAAAAUAUGUUAACAGUAGUAAUGAAGUGCCUAUAGCAUUUACAUUGUUGUGGAGUAUUUCUGUUUGUGUAAAAGUAUUCCCAGAAUAUUUGCAAAAAAAUAAAUGAGUGGGUGUGAAAAUAAAUUUUAGCUGUCACAGUCAAACUGUAUCUUACCUACCACGUGUUUUCUCUGUCCACAUUUGGUCCCCAGGUCCUUCCUGUGACCUCUGAUAAUGCAGUUUAGACCCAUCAGAGGACUUUUUUCAUUUUUCUUUGGUUUGUAGGUGAAUAUGGAAAGUACCAAACCCUGCUUUUAACUUUUGUCACGUGCAUGGCAGGAGUAGCUGAUAAUUACAGUUGUGGAAGAGUUUUUCCAAAGUGUCAGCUCAAAGGAGUGUUGACACAAAUGAGAUAUUAGGAAAGUUAAUGUUGAAAUCAAAGCAGCUGAUACUUUUGUGUAUCUGUUUUCAUAUUGUGCAUGUCUUGUUGACCAGUAAUUGAAGUUCAUCUAGAACAUAAGGUAAUGAAUUUUAAGCCCUGCAUAUUUUCUCUGUGAUUUAGAGAUUAGCCUAAGUCCCCAAGUUCUAUGAGCUUUACACCAGAGAACUUCUCCAAAUCAUACCCUGAUAUGCCUGAUUAGCAUGGCUGUUAGUACAUCCCUGUGGUCAGUUCUGUAAUUGUUCACCUCUUAUACAUGCAAAACAAAUAAUUUUUGCUUCUCACCCAAAUGUACUGUUUUAUGAGCAGGUAACAUUAUCUUAAAUAGCCAUUAUCAAUUAAUAGAUUAAUACUUUUCCCCAGUGUUUAAUAAACGCUGAGCAGAUUUGGAUAAGUCAGCAAGCAAAUCUCAAAAGUGACAGGAGCAAUGAGUAUAUGUUGAAUAGAUCGUAUUGUUUGAUUUUGCUUUUCAUGAAAUUAUGUUAUUUUAGAGAAAAUUUAGGUUCCAUAGAAACUGGGAAAGAUUCUAAUCAAUUGAGUAAAAUGGUCUUUGGAGCUGUAAAUGUGUCUAUCUUAUGCAGGUGCCAUAAACAUCAGGUAUUUUUUUUAUUUGCUUAGGCGUGAAUAUACCAAUAGCUGGUGUAAGCUUGAGUUCAGCUGCCCAGCUACCAGCCAUUUGUCCUGCUGCUCUUUGAGCUGUGGUGGAUAUUCUGGCCAAACAUAAAAAAGACCCUACUGAAUUUUAGGAGAUUGAAAAUUUUAUUUAACAAAAAAAAACCAAA